AUGCGCCUCCCAUACGUCCCAGACCCUCCCCAAACCAACACACCCGACGAAGCCAGAAUCCUAGCCAGUGUGCAGGAACGCAGAGCACCAAACCCACUUCUGCCUCUCGACCUAGCUCUUCUGCACUCAUACCCAGUCACCGAAGGCUGGAACUCAUUCAUCGGCGCCAUCCGCACACGAACAAGCCUUUCGACAGUCAUUCGCGAAUUGGCAAUCUGCCGUGUGGCAGUUAUCAAUGGCGCGCUGUUUGAAUGGGAGCAGCAUGCGCCUUUGCUGAAGGAGGGCGGUUUGAGCGAAGAAGCUUUGAAGAUUGUUGGAGAUGCGCAGGCGGAUUUCUCGUCUCCGAGCUUGACACCUGAACAGAGGGCUGUUUUGGCUUAUACGGAUGCUAUGACAAAGACGGUAACCGUUCCGGAGAGCGUUUUCGAGAACUUGAAGGCCUGUUUUGAUGAGAGAGAGGUUGUUGAAAUCACGGCAACAGUCGCGGCUUACAAUUGCGUUUCGAGGUUCUUGGUUGCUUUGGACGUUGGAGAGAAGAAUCAUUGA